GGUUGAACGCCAAGGUCGGCAUCCUGCCAGCACUGAACAGCCGUCGCUGACGGUCGCUGUGAGGGAAAGCAUCCGCGAUUCAGUCCAGAAAGGCGCGUUGAGCGGGAGAAAAGCAGUCGACAGACAGAUAAGAGCUCAUUUAGCCUAGAUUUGAAACGACAGGGAUGCAGGAGGAUCCCGUUGACGGUCGGAGCGUGGUCUGUCAUUGUGCUGGCCUUGUCCCUCGCGUGGCUGACGGCCCGGUGAGAAAUACGAGACGUGGCCUUGUGCAAUCAUAUCUAGGUCCAGGGCAGUUGAAGCAAGCGGAAUUGCCGUGGUUUACUUCCAACACCCGCAGUUGUUGAUGGCAUCCAGUCCCUCCUAACCAGUCGAAUCUCACCCCACAAUCCUGGGAUCUGGAUACCCCAGACUUGCAUUCCUCGGUGGAGUCUCCUCGCCUUCCGAGUCCUCUUCCCGUCUGUCCUAGUCGGGAUUUCCGACCUGGUCGCGCAGCCGAUCCUGAGAAGCUAUAAAGACGCGUGCGGAGCUCUAAUCUCCGCUGGUUCCUACGCUCCUUCCCAUUUAUUUCCCUCCACCACCACCUCUCGCCUUCUGCACCGCAAGCAUGGCGACCGAUGCACCUCCUCAACCUGUCGCAGACGAGAAGGCAUUGUCUGGCCACCAGGAGACUAUGAAAGUCGUCGAGGAUGUGACUCAGAUUGCUGGCCGUGGACACGCCGCCACGGAUCAGUACGGACGAGCCCUUUUCGAAUUUGACGCAAAGGCCGAGUCCAAGUUGCGAUGGAAGAUGGACCUAUACCUUAUGCCUACAGUCGCUCUGCUGUAUCUGUUCUGCUUUAUUGACCGUGCGAAUAUUGGAAACGCGAGGCUCGCUGGAUUCGACACAGACCUCGGUUUGACCGGCUACGAUUACAAUCAUGUCCUCUCGGUCUUUUACAUCUCGUAUAUCCUCUUCGAGAUUCCCUGCAACCUGUGCUGCAAGUGGAUUGGACCCGGAUGGUUCCUGCCGAUAUCAACAUUGCUCUUCGGCAUCGCAUCCAUCGCUACAGCCUUUGUCGAUACAAUCCAUCAGGCUUCUGGAGUUCGAUUCGUGCUUGGUAUCUUUGAGGCUGGCAUGUUGCCGGGUAUUGCUUACUACUUGUCAAGAUGGUACAGACGCAGCGAGCUGGCGUUUCGGCUUUCAAUGUACAUUGUGAUGGCGCCGCUGGCGGGUGCCUUCGGCGGCCUCCUUGCCUCGGCAAUCCUCACGCUGGACCACUUCGGCAGCCUGCACACUUGGCGCAUGAUCUUCGCCAUUGAAGGCGUUGUUACGAUUGGUUUGGCGCUCAUCAGCUUCUUCACUUUGACGGACCGACCGGAAACCGCGCGCUGGCUGAGCCAGGAAGAAAAGGACCUCGCAAUCGCACGCAUCAAGUCCGAGCGUGUGGGAACAACUGAAGUGCUUGAUAAGAUCGACACGAAGAAACUCAUGCGUGGUAUCCUAAACCCUAUUACAUUGGGCACGUCGUUCAUCUUCCUACUUAACAACAUCACGGUUCAGGGUCUUGCGUUCUUCGCGCCUACGAUCGUCCGUACGAUUUACCCUGAUGCUACCGUUGUCACUCAGCAGCUCAGAACAGUGCCUCCGUACAUUGUGGGCGCCUUCUUCACACUUCUCAUGCCCUGGAUUUCUAUGCGUCUCGAUAAACGGAUGCCUUGCUUCGUCGCCGGACCACCGCUGAUGAUGACCGGCUAUAUUAUGUUCCUGGCCACCUCAGAUGGGCACGUCCGAUACGGAGCGACCUUUUUGAUUGCCAGCGGUGCCUUCGCCUUUGGUGCACUUACAAAUGCUCAUGUUAGCAACAAUGUCGUGUCUGAUACUGCACGCUCUGCUGCGAUUGGUUGCAAUGUCAUGUUCGGCAACGUUGGCGGGUUGAUCUCGACUUGGUCAUUCCUGUCCUUCGAUGCGCCCGACUACCAUAUCGGCAACGGGCUCAAUCUCGCAACGUCAAGCUUGAUUCUAAUUCUCAGCAUUCUUUUGUGGGGGUGGAUGAACCGGGACAACAAGAAGCGGGAGGCGACGGAUAUUGACCAGGCGCUGGCUGGGCUUGACCAGAGACAGAUCCAGGACCUGGACUGGCGCAACCCGGCUUUCAAGUGGCGAAUCUGAGAUGUAUAGUGUAGUGAGAUUCUGUUAGCUUCACUUUGGAUCAGAAAGUAAUGGAUGAUGUCCUGGGUUUUGUUCCAUCAUGUAGCCUCCCGUCACGUGCUC